AUGAAUUCAGUAACUGAAUUUACUUCAAGUCAAAGGAGAUCACAUAAGAGUGAUCAAUAUUCAAAUAACAAUAAUGAAAAUAAUAAUGAACAUACAACUUCAAGCAAUACAGAAGAAGAUCAAAAUAUAAAAACAACAAUUGAAUUCAAAGAUAGAACAUUAUUGAAUAUGAUCAGAGCCUACGAUCUAUAUUAUAAAUUAAUUGAUAGCUUUGUUCACUACUUUGACGAGGUUGGCUUUUCAAAGUUUGUGGUCGAUGUCUUCUUUGAUCGAUCAAACAAGGUAUUCGAUCAUUCUUCAAUGUCAAGAUUAUACACCGAUUUUAAUGAUUGGUUUAAACGAUUAAAUCAAGAUGACAAUGUUCAAUUAAAGUUUAGAAUAGAUACAUAUAGAUAUAUCUUUAAAUUUCGAACAACAGAAAUAACAAACAAUUCAUUCAAUUAUUUUUAUUUAUAUCAAUUGGUAUACGAGAAUAAUAGCAGUGAUAGUGAAGAUGAUAAUAAUAUCAUCUAUGUUAAUAAUGAUAAUAGUAAUAUUAGUAAUAAUCAUUUUAAAUUCUCAGAUAUCAUCAUGGAAAAGAUCAUUUCAUUUUGUUUCGAUAUGGAACAACGACCUAGAUGUGUAGCAAACUAUAGUUACAAUGUUUUGGAGUUUGAUCGUGGACACGAUCUCUUUAAAUUUUCAUUUGUUUGCAAACGGGUCUUCCAAAUCAUUGUAAAACAAUUAAAAAAUCAAAAUGUUCGAUGGCACAAUCAAUACAAAUUCAACAACGAGUACUCUUUAAUGAAACAACCUCCAUUGUACUUUGAUUAUAAAAAGAUAUCUUCUUUCAAGCAUGACAAAGGCGUUGAAUAUACUAGGCAAUUCACAUCAAGAGUUGAAACAUUCCUCAUUGAAUCCGAUGAAUAUGAUGCAACAAUCAAUAGUCGUGUUAUCAGAAACUAUAUAUACUCGAAAAUUAUUGACAAAGAUGUUUAG